GUGAACUCGAAACUCGAUUUUGCGUAUUGCAGGCAGGUGUUGCUUAAAUUGUGAAACGUGUUACCUGUAAAUUCUACGUUGAGUUUAAUUAGUGUUACCCUACGAAGAUUUAAGUGUCUUUAAACCUAAUUUUAGGCUUGCAGGUAUAUUACUUUUUCCUGGAAUAAGUCUACAUGUAUCAGAAAAUUGCCAAAACAGGAUUACAACAAACCGAGCCUUCGAAUUAAUUGUAUUGUAGCCUUAUCUUAUAAUUUGCUCCGAUUUAUAUUAUUCAUUGAAACAACCCAAAAACGUUUUCUUUAUUUAAUACCUUAAGAGCUGGUGCACACAAAAUGGUGCGCCAAGGCUCUAAGGUGCUUGUGUUGUGCGGCCCAUCUGGCUCCGGGAAAUCUUCGCUGCUCCGAUUGUUGUUUGAAGAAUUCCCGGACAAGUUCGGAUUCUCUGUGUCUCACACAACGAGAAGUCCAAGACCAGGAGAAGAGAAUGGGAAACAUUAUCACUUUACCACCAAAGAGGAAAUGGAACAAGCAAUUGCUAGAGGAGAUUUCCUCGAGUCUGCUGUUUUCUCUAACAACAUGUAUGGUACAAGCAAAGCAGCUGUCAAUACUGUUACGGACUCCGGCAAGAUUUGUGUUUUGGACAUUGAUGUAGAAGGUGUAAAACAGGUGAAACUGACGGAGCUUAAGCCGUUGUUGGUGUUCAUCAAACCUCCGUCAUUGGCCGACCUGGAGAAGCGGCUGCGCGGCCGCAACACCGAAACUGAGGACAGUCUACAGCGGAGACUAGACGCAGCACGCAAGGAGAUGGUCUAUGGUGAAACGCCAGGGAACUUUCAUUUCAUCCUGGUCAACGACAACUUGGAUAAGGCUUACAAAAAGUUGAAAGAAUUCGUACUGCGGGAAUUUGAACAGUCAGGAGAUGGAAAUGAUCAGCUGAUAUUACCUGAAGAUGACCACUUGGCCAUUUCCUCCCUUCCUCGCUAGUAGUUCCUCCAGACUCAGAUAAACAGAUUCGUAGUCAACUGUCAGCCGGUGUAAGCUGUGUUGGUGUUGUGACAAAAUGUAGAAUAGGCGUCAAUUGUCUAACAUAAUACAUAUGUAGGUCUCGCUCUUGUGUCAGUUUGGUAAUUAACUUAACGGAAUCUGUUCAAAGUGUCAAUUUUCUAUCCUGUGCUUGGUUUUUACGUUUAUUCAAUACGGUUUAAGAUGAAUACCUAAAAAACACAAGAUCUUUUUGAUUACAUAAUGAGUGUUCGUAAUUACUAGUGUCGACCGAACAGAACUUAUUUGUGGUUUAACAAACCUUGAAUCUAGAUCUGAAAAAUGUUAAUGCCAAAAGAAAAGUUACACUAAUUUGGUCGGCGUUGUGUUGUUACGCUCUUAGAAAUAAAUUUUUAAUUCAAAAUACUCGUUAAUAACUUGUUACAAAACAUUUUAUUGCCAUGUACAAUUAUAAAUCAAUUUUGUAAAAACUUAGGCUAUUGAAUUUUUGUCUAGAGUUUUCUGUGGAAUUGACGGGUAUUAAACCAAUCGAUUGUCAAUUAAGAAUUGUUGUAUUUGGUAUUUAAAAUACCAAUAGGCUUUGUUUAGCAAAUAACUAUUGCAAAGUGUUUUGUUUAUCUAGAAUAUUUCAUUGUUGUAAAGUUCUUCGCAAAUAGAUUACUUGCUAUGUAUUAUUUAGAAUGGCAAAAUCAUCGGUACUUAAGUAUUAAACGGAGGCCACCUAACCUACAGAAAUAUUUCGUACCGGAUACCAAAAAUAACUACAUACUUGGAAAGAACACACUUUAAUAGAUUAACAGGUGAAGUUUAGAAUUAAUCUGACGCCUGGUUCUGACGUUGUGCAACCCAGAACGCAGCAAUGUCGGUAGGCCACAUUUUGUCAGCGUGCUGCGGCGGUUAUGUUAGGUUGGGUUAUCGUAAAUAUUAUGUGUGUAGGACUUUCCUCGCUUCGUUAUGAAUCGAACGAUACCAGACGAGUUAUACUUUCUAUUAUGAUAACCCAACCUAACAUAACCGCCGCAGCGCGCUGACAAAAUGUGGCCUCCGUUUCAGACACAGUGACAGGCGAUGACAGGUAAUGGCGCGCGCUCCGGUCAACGACCCUGACAUUGGCCUACUUGGAGGGGAUUCUGCGAGUAGACACAUGACUCAUCUGAUAACGCUCGACUCACAACAAUACUAGAAUAGUUCUACUACAACAUCUAUAACAAUUUAACCCUCUAUAAGUGCCGCGGCGCGUUUCGUAAUGGUGGCCUCCGUUUAAUACUGAAGUACCAAAUCAUCUUAUAACUGAUCAGAAUGAUCAGAUGAUAUACACUGUUUGUAAGUUGAUCAUAAUAUUUGUGCAGCCUAGUUUUUAUAUUUCCUCAGGUUAUUAGUAGUCGUCUUACUAUAGUCGACCACUUAAAAAAAAUGUGACAUCUGAUAAAUCAAUGGAAAUUCAGCAACUUUCAAUAACUUUAUAAAGUCUACUCUAGUGUCAUAGUGUUAUUUGCGAAUAAAGGGGGAAUCCGUUUAAAAGUAUUGUUUUCAAAUUAUCUGUUUGUUGUCUGUAAUUAAGUCACUUUAAAUUGCCUCAUGAUAGGUUUUUAGCUUUCAAUUUUAUCAUGUAAAAAAAUUACAAUUUUAGUUUUAAUUUUAUAUGUAUGAAGAUUUUAGUAACAUAUUGAGUUAGUUUUGGUUAAACAACUUUACUCCUUUAGGAUCACCAAACACCUUAAAUUCAAAGUAAAUACAGUAUGUUUUUUUUUUAUCAAGGAGCAAUUUUAUUUCUUUGCAAUUAUUGGUCUUGCAAGUUUACAUACUGUAGCUGGUUAUAACCUGAAAAAAGGCUAUUUUAUAUUUAAGGAGAAAUCUUACAUUUGUAAUAUUUGAUGGUUAUCACAUUAAUUGUUGAUAUUAAACUGAAAUAUUUAUUUUUGUAAAUUGUUUGUAAAUAAAAAUAAUUUAAGAAUUUACACCUAAUAUAGUAGUUUUUUGCGUGUCUGAAGUUUACAAUCAAAACUAAUUUUUUAACAUAAGUAAACUACUUGUCAAACAAAAGAUUCUUUUGAAAAUAAAUUUUGAGAUGAUUUGAUAUUACAGAAAUCUUUCGGAUGUUUUGUUUCACUUUUAUUAUUUACAAAGGUAUAUUUUAGUUUAUCAAGUAAUUUGACAGUGGAUGUGUAUGAAACAAAUGAUUGUGGCAAAACAUUCCAUGUCAGACUGUAAUAACAUUUUUCACUUUGAGUGGUGUUCAGACAUGCAUUUUAUUCACAUUCACUUAGGCUUUCAAUUAUUUCAAGGUUUAGAAUGGAGCCAGUAAUGAAAAAAGUACUUUUUCAGUAUUCUGUGAUGAAUUUUUAGCUUAGAGAAGCAACAUUGUUUUAGGCAUUUUGUAUGUUUAUAGGGUUUAUUUCUUUGCUUCUAGGUUUUGAUAUUGUUUGAAUUUAUUAUAUACAGAUAUUGAUGAGUUUUGACGAUAUGCCAAUAAAGUAUAUCUAA